ACAAGAUCUGCAGCCAUUUGUGGGAGCCCAUGGGAUAUCUGCUUUAAACUGUCCCAUGUUCUGUCUCUGUUGUCUGGAUCAGACAUUUUCUACAGAUGACCACCUGAAUCCUCCUCUCUACUGUUCUUCAACUGUAUAGUGCCCUGUACUGUAUGCUGCCUGCCAAAAUGGACCCAGUCAUUCAACCACCCGGCCGUGAGAGCCAGGCCCUGUCCAGUGGGAGGACAGCAGUGCAGAAGGGAAACUCAGGAACCCAAGACCUUGUUGGACGUACAAGCUCACCUGUCCAAACCACUCAUCUGUCAUCCAACAGUGACAAUGUCCACACUGUCUGUCCUCCAGUGCCUAAGGUAGACAGUACUUUUGCUGCCUGUCCGCCAUACAGAGCUCACAGUGACAGUGAUGGGAGGUUAACCAGGGAGGAGCUGCUAAGCCAGACAGACCUGCCAGGAGGGACACCCUCGCCUGGGUGUCAGCCACAGAUCUCCUCGGUCCAACCAGACAUGACAGCAUCCACCCCAUCAGAAGAGCCCCCACCCUACAGCCCACCUGACCCCAAGAUGACCUAUAUUAUCUAUCCCCCACAACCACCUCACUACCCAGGACCCCCUGUCAUAGCCUGCCAGCCAGGACCCAACCAGCCAGCCUUCUACCAGGCCCAGUUCAUGCCUUCACCCAGCUACCCUCCCAACACCAUAUACAUGAGCGGCCCUCCACUGGGGGACGAGCAGCCUCCUCUGCCCAAGGACUACAUGGUGGAGUCCCUGCUGGUCACCAUCUUCUGCUGCCUUAUGAGUGGCCUCAUCGCCCUUUUGUACUCAUAUGAGACCCGUGCUGCUCUGGCCAGAGGGGACAUGAGGGAGGCAGAGAGGGCUUCCCAGAAGGCCCGUUUGCUGGUGUUGUUCAGCCUGAUGUUUGGGGUGUUUGUUUGUGUGGGAUGGAUCAUAUAUGUAGUGAUAUCUCUCUGUGCAUAGCGAUUUGCACCUGAUAAACAUCUACUCAUUUACAUUUGAGUAAUUUAGUAUACGCUCUUAUCCAGAGUGACUUACAGUUAUUGCAUUAACCUUAAGAUAGCUAGUUUUGACAACCACAUACACUCCCCCCUUUGUUGCUAUAACAGCUUCCACUAUUCUGGGAAGGCUUUUCACUAGAUGUUGGAACAUUACUGUGGGGACUUCCAUUCAGCCACAAGAGCAUUAGUGAGGUUGAGCACUGAUGUUGGGCGAUUAGGCCUGGCACGCAGUUGGCGUUCCAAUUCAUCCCAAAGGUGUUCGAGGGGGUUGAGGUCAAGGCUUUGUUCAGGCCGGUCAAGUUCUUCCACACCAAUCUCAAUAAACCAUCUCUGUAUGGACCUUGCUUUGUGCAUGGCGGUGGUUAGAGCGUUGGGCCAGUAACCAAAAGGUUGCUGGAUCAAAUCUCCAAGCUGACAAGGUAAAAAUCUGGCGUUCUGCCCCUGAACUAGGCAGUUAACCCACUGAACCCCAGUAGGCCGUCAUUGUAAAUAAGCAUUUGUUCUUAGCUGACUUGCCUAGUAAAAUAAAUAAACUGUUGCUACAAAUUUUGAAGCACAGAAUUGUCUAGAAUGUCACUGUAUGCUGUAGCGUUAAGACUUCUCUUCACUGGAAAUAAGGGGCCUAGCCUGAAACAUGAAAAACAGUCACAGACCAUUAUCCCUCAUCCACCAAACUUUACAGUUGGCACUAUGCAUUGAGGCAGGUAGCGUUCUCCUGACAUCCGACAAACCCAGAUUCGUCCGUCAGACUGCCAGUUGGUGAAGCGGGGUUCAUCACUCCAGAGAACACGCUUUCACUGCUCAAGAGUCCAACGGCGGCAAGCUUAACACUCCCCCCAGCCGACGCUUGUCAUUAAGCAGGGCGAUCUUAGGCUUGUGUGCAGCUGCUUGGCGCCCGACGAAUAGUUAUUGUGCUGACGUUGCUUCCAGAGGCAGUUUGGAACUCGGUAGUGAGUGUUGCAACUGAGGGCAGAUAAUUUUUGCUAGAGCGGCACCACCCCUGCUGAGGAGAGCUCAAGCAGGGCAGAAAUCUGACGAACUGACUUGUUGAAAAUGUGGCAUCCUAUGGCGGUGCCACGUUGAAAGUCUCUGAGCUCUUCAGUAAGGCCAUUCUACUGCCACUGGUUGUCUAUGGAGAUUGCAUGGCUGGGAGUUCGAUGUUAUACACCUGCCAACAACGGGUGAGGCUGAAUUAGCCAUAUCCACUAUUUUGAAGGGGUGUCCACAUACUUUUGUAUGUAUAGUGUAUCUCAGUCAUAAUAAAUAUAUUUUUCCUCAAUAAAGUUGCUAUCAGCAAAUU